UAUGGAUAAGUGGGCUGUGCUUAAAAAACAUCAAAUUUUAAUCAUUAAAUAUAAAAUUUUAGGUUUUUUUCAAUUUUCUUUUAGUAGAAAUGUUAAAGCAGCCAUGAACCACUUAAUUCGAUCUGUUUUAAACUAUUUAAGAGCAAAUACCAUAAGGAGCUACCUGGUUAUCCUGCCCGAUCUUGGCCUUACAAGAAAACAAUUGAAACUGGAGGACAUGAGACAUGAACUUGGCCUGAUGGACACCCAAUGGCGUCAACUUUGCAUUCAACAGAAACGCGUGGAACAUAUGGUCACCGACCUGACCCGGUGCAUUCGUGGCCUUGAGUUUGACAUGAAACUAUACACCGAACCCAAAAAGCAGGGCAAGAGGAAAGCCAAGGAAAGCACUAAAUCAACGAACGAUGCCCCGUCAGGUGAUAAGAAAUCACCCAAAGUCGGUGAUUUCAGCGCAAGCAAAAUCCCCCCGAGGGCUUCCCCAUCAGAGCAGCAGCAACAGCAGCAGCAGCAACGGCUAUAA